AAAAUUAUUCCAGAAAUGAACUUGGUUUUGAUUGCAGUUUUAUUCUUGCCUGAUUUCUCCAUUUCCGCUGUGAACUUCCAGCAGCUCCCAUCUGUGUUCGUCAGAGACGGCGAUCAGAGCGUGACCCUGCGGUGCGAUCAGGACAAUAAUCAGCAUUACUACAUGUUCUGGUACAGACACCCGGCAGGCAGUGGGAAAAUGGAGCUGGUCGCAUAUUCUGCAGGUCAAGACACCACGUCUGUUGAAGCUCCUUUCAGCAAGACUAAAUACACCAUGACCCGUCCAGAAGUGCUCAGAACCUCCCUGCAGAUCCACUCUCCUGAGGCUGCAGACUCUGCUGUGUACUACUGCGCUUCCAGUCUAGCACAGUGCUUCAGGCUGCCUCAGCCGCCUAACAACAACCUCAGGAGGAGGACCGCCCCAGAAAUAGCAGCAGGCAGCCUGGAGCUGCUCCAGCGUCAAGUCGGCCCGACCUCCACAGCUGCUCCCAGAGACUCACAGAUGGAGGCUGAGAUACGGAGAGGCUGGCUGGGGGGAGGCGGGGAGAGACGGAGGCAGCAGUCAUCACGUUUGCGUCGUGGCGAAUACGAAGAGCGGCUUAUGAUGGACAAACAGCAAAAAAAUAAUGUGAAAUGUAAUGUGGCAAAGACAGAAGAAGCUGAGGUUGUUUUGGGCACUGAUGGCGCUCACUGUGACUCUGGUAGUGGAGCUGAAGCUUACUUCGGAGCGGGAACAAAGUUAACGGUUUUAGAUAAAACGCCAGUCACUCCCCCGACUGUGAAAGUUCUCCCACCUUCAGAAAAAGAAUGCAAAGACAAAAAAGGGAAGAAGAAGAAGACCCUGGUCUGUGUGGCCUCUGGUUUCUACCCAGACCAUGUCAGCGUGUCCUGGAAGCGCAACAAUCUGGAAAUAAUUGAUGGUGUGUCGACCGACGCCGCCGCCACCAAGAAGGAUGGAGAUUAUUACAAAAUCACCAGCCGGCUGAUGGUCCCCAUCAGGGAUUGGCUUAAACCGAACAUUGAAUUUAAGUGCAUCGUCAGCUUCUUUAAUGGGACCGCUAACAUCGAAAGAGAUUAUAUUAUAAUAACAAACGCUGCAGAUAAUCCAGGCAUGACUCGAGAGAACUACAUAAAGAUCAGCCAGAACGCCAAACUGUCCUACAGCCUCCUGAUCGUGAAGAGCUGCCUCUACGCCGCCUUGGUCUGCCUUCUGGUCUGGAAGCUUCAGGGAAAACGUGGAAAGCAGACCAAGUGAGAGCAGAGCUGACGCUGUGAAUCUUCCUCCUUGUACAUAAUAAUCUUGAUCUGUUGUUAAUCUGAACAGACAAAAUAAUCUUUGGCGAUUUCAUGUUAUUUUUA